AUGGUUUUAAGUGUAAUCAUAUUUAUUCUUCUAUUAUUUUCAUCAUCAAUUAUAACAUUUGAUGAUUAUUUGGAAAAUUUAUCUGUAAAUACGGGUGAAACAGCAACAUUUAUAUGUGAUCUACCCGAACGAUAUUCUAACAAACCAGUUGAUUUUUAUGGGCCCACAGGACGUUUAUUGGUAAAAAAGACCGGUGAAAAUAUUGGUAGUGAUGAUCGUACACGAUUUAUGCUUGAACAUACAUAUGCUUGGACGUGGACACCACCGAAAAUUGUCGAUAUAACAAUUGAAUCAAAUACUAAUGGAAUACUUAUUGAGAAUGAACAAAUUAUUUUAAAAUGUUUAGCUCGUGGAAUUCCACAACCAAAAAUUCUUUGGGAUAUACCAGAAAAAAAAUUUUUAUCAAAUAAAAGAUAUGAUCGUAAUAUAGUAACUUAUGAUAAUAAAUUAAUUAUAAGAAAUUUUUCACGUACUGCACCAAUGAAUUAUCAAUGUAUUGCUGAUAAUGGGAUACCACCACGCGAUACGCGUACAAGACAUUUAGUUCCAGCUAUUCCACCUGAAAUAAUAGUGCAAUCUUCAUUGUCUCGUUCAUCUUCUCAAAUUUUACUUAGUUGUACCAUAAUAGCACGUCCAUUAACAUCAGCAAAAUGGAAACGAAAUCGUAUUGAAAUAAAUAACAUAAAACGUAUAGAAAUCAACGAUUAUACAAUACAAUUAAUCCUUCUAUUACAAAUUGAUCCAUAUAAUUAUACAAAUAUAUUUGGUAUGUAUGAAUGUCAAGCUGAAAAUCAAUUUAAAGUAGCCAAAGCAUUUAUUAUCAUUGAUGAAUCCAUUCUAUCAAAUAUCACAAUAGCAAAACAAGAGAGAAUAUCAUCAUCACCAACUUAUGCACAAAUUGAACUUUUACUUAAUUGUUCAUUCUGUUUAACAUAUAAUUUCUAUUUAAUAUUAUUUAUGAAUAUGCUUUUUGUUAAUUAUUCAACUGGUUUUUAUAACAAACGAUGA